GCAUCGAAUUAGACAUCGCAUGAGCAGUCUUACACGUUGUGCAGUUUUACGUCAACAAGGGAUUCCCUAAAAAUAUGAAAUAUUCUUAGCUUGCAUUGAAAGAAUUUGUCCAUAUUUAUUUCCAAAUUCUUAUUUUUUGUAGAUAAAGCCAAAAUGGAUUACGAAUCUCUAGGAUUACUCCAUGACAUGUUUAGGAGACAAGCUGAACAGACGCCGGAUAGAAUCGCCGUUAAUUCUGUGGACGGGAGACAAGUGACAUUUAAAGAACUAAAUGAAUGGACGGAUAUAUUAGCGACAUCCUUACAGAAUAAAGGUGUUUUACCGGAUACCUCAGUUGGAAUAUACUUGGAGAAGAAUAUAGAGUUUGUCACGGCAUAUAUAGCAGCAUUGAAAGCAGGAGGAGCAUAUUUACUGAUAGAUUCAAGUUAUCCAGACCACAUCGUUAAAGCUAUAUUAGAAGAUGCCAAACCCAUUGUUGUUGUUACAAUGCCAGAAAUGGUUUCCUCUUUAAAAGAAAAUGGUGCCAAGGAAAUCAUAGCAUUAGGCGCCUACUGGCAAGAUACUCUUUCUGCAGAAAAUAAGUUAAAACCUCCACCAAAAAAACCAGAGGUCACAUUAGAUUCGUUAGCUUACAUCAUAUAUUCAUCAGGUACCACUGGUAAACCAAAAGGUAUAAUGUGUCCACAUAGAGGAGCCGUAUUUUCGUAUCAUUGGAGACACGAGAAUUAUCCUUAUGCAGAUGAUGAUAGAGAAGCUUGUAAUAUAUUCUUUACAUGGGAGAUGCUUAGACCACUGUUAAAAGGAGCAACUCUGUAUCCUGUACCGAAUACAAUUAUAUACGACAUGCCUUUAAUAACCAACCUGAUUAAGACUAACCACAUAACGAGAAUGCUGGUGACACCAUCUUUACUAGAAACCAUUUUAAACACAUCAAAUAUCAACUUACAACAAGCAUUUAAAUCAUUAAGACAGAUUUGGUUUUGUGGUGAAGUGGUAACAACAGUAUUAUUUAAGAAUUGUUUAAAGAGGCUACCUAAUGUUAGAUUUAUUAACUUGUAUAGUGUAUCUGAAUGUCAUGACGUUGCAGCCUGUGAUUUGACUCAACUAUAUACAAAAGAUAAGGAGACUCUGUUAUCAAGAAAGUUUUGUCCGGUAGGUAGAGUUUUACCUGGUGUAGAGGUUGUUAUAUUGAAUGAUGAUAUGGUACCACAAUCAAUAGGUCUUCCAGGAGAGAUUUAUGUUGGUGGUCCAACUCUAGCUAUUGGUUAUUUAAACAAUCCUACUCAACAAACUGCCAAAUUUAUACAACGACCAGAAACAGUAACUGGUGGAGUGGGAGGUAGAUUGUACAGAACCGGUGAUUGGGGAUAUUUAUUAGCGGAUGGUAGUCUAGAGAUAUGUGGACGCUGUGAUUCAAUGGUGAAGAUACGUGGUUAUUCCAUAGAAAUACAGGCAGUAGAAAAUGCUUUUAAGAGUUUAUCAUGUCUUAGAAAUAGUGUGAUAUUAGUACAAGGUGAAGAAGGACAAGAUAAAUAUCUUAUAGCUUAUGUUGUUCUAGAGAAACCAACAACCAAGAAAGAAAUACGGCAGAUGUUAAAAAGAAAACUACCAUUUUAUAUGAUACCAUCGUAUUUUAUAUUUCUAGAUCAAAUACCAAUAGUAGAAGCAACUGGUAAAAUCAAUACUAAAGCUUUACCAUCGUUAGAUAAACAUAGGGAUGCUAACGGGGAUCCUGAUGGUAAACCUACAACUACUACAGAAAUAACUUUAGCUGAUAUCUGGUCCAAAAUUUUAAAAAUAGGCGAUGUUGAUAUACAAGAAAGUUUUUUCGACUCGGGAGGCCAUUCCCUAUUAGCAGCCCAGUUAUUGAAUAAAGUACGAGAGGUGUUUGAAGUAGAUGUAUCAGUUAGUGAACUAUUCGCGUUCCCUACAGUAUAUAGUUUUAGUAGGUUAAUAGAAAAUAAACAGGGUAAAGUUAGACUAGAUGAAACAGAUACACUCGAUAUCACGUCUGUAGAUUUAAUAUCAGAAGUUGAAAAACAUGAUCAACAAUCACUCAUUAUUGAUAUGCAGUUAAGAGCUUUCUGGCGAACCUUCCAGUAUCGUCAUCACUUCCAGACAGGUCGAGUACUGUUAACAGGAGCAACAGGUUUUCUUGGCGCUUUCUUGCUACAAGAAUUAUUGUUAAAUACCAAGUUAAUUGUAUAUUGUGUGGUACGAGAACAUUCUACAUUAAGUAUAGAAGAGAGAUUAGAACAGACAUUACUACAAUAUGGUAUUAUACAAAAAGAUGAUCAACUACCUACAGAACAACAACAAAUGUGUAAAACAAGACUUCAAACAAAAGUUAGAUUGAUCAAAGGUGAAAUAGCCUUGACAAAGAUGGGGAUGACAGAGGAUGAUUAUACUUACCUUUGUACUGAUGUAGAUUUCAUAAUCCAUGCUGCAGCAUCUGUUAAUCUGGCUUAUCCUUAUCAGGCUUUACAUGGAGCUAAUGUGCUAGGAACCUGUAAUGUUAUUGCAUUUGCCUGUACUGGAAAAGUCAAACCGUUACACUAUAUCAGCACUGAUGCUGUUAUUGCUAGUGGUGUAAAGGGUUUUAAAGAGACAGACAGUAUUGAUGAAUUUCAUAAUCAAUUGUCAGAUGGCUACUCUCAAUCUAAAUGGGUAGCAGAAAAAUUAGUCCAGUUAGCAGGAACACGAGGUUUACCUGUAACGAUAUAUAGACCAGGUAAUAUGUCUGGUGAUAGUAUAAAUGCCUACUGGAAUCCUCAAGAUUUUACUCUCAUAGUGUUACAAACAUGUACUGAAUCCGGCCUAGCUCCAAAAGUUGACUGGAAAAUGGAAAUGACACCAGUUGAUUUUGUAGCCAAAUUCAUCAUUAAAAUCGUUCAAAACCCAACAAUUUCUAUGAAAAAUACAUUCCAUAUUGUCAACGAUAAGCCUUUACACUCAAGAUGGGUGUUUGAAUGGAUGAAUGCUCAUGGUUUUCCCCUAGAGAUGUUAGAGUUUAAUGUAUGGAGAGAACGAGUAUUAGAGAAAAUAAAGACAGGGAAAAGACACAGUAUGAACUUUCAGGCUUUAAUGGAUUCUUAUCUGAAAAAUGAAGUAUUUGUUGGUCCGUCCACCAUUUUGUUAACAGAGAAUUUUAAGCAAGCUUUAGCAGACAGUCAAAUGGUAUAUCCUUAUAUAGAUUCUUCUCUCCUGACAGUUUAUUUUGAGAAUCUGUCUUCUAGAGGCGUGUUAAUUAGUGCUUCCUGUAAUAAUCAAAUUAACUUAAUAAGGCCAUUAUCAGACAAGGUUGUGAUAGUCACAGGUGCAUCUAGUGGUAUAGGUGCUGCUGUGGCUGUAAGAUUAGCUAAUCUAGGUGCUAAAGUGGCAUUAGUUGGUAGAAGGGAAGGAGAACUAAUGAAAUAUGUUAAUGUUAUUAAAGACAAUCAUGGGGUAGGAAUACCUGUUAAAGCUGACGUCACCAAUCGUUCAGAGGUAGAAGAAAUGGUACGACAUACUGAAUUGUCAUUAGGACCAGUAGAUAUAUUGGUUAAUUCAGCUGGUGUUAUGUAUUAUACUUAUAUGAAAUCUAAACAUUAUGAUGAAUGGGAACGACAGAUUGAUAUCAAUUGUAAGGGUUUAACAUCAUGUAUUGGAGCUGUAUUAACUGGUAUGAUAGACAGAAAGUUCGGUCACAUCAUAAAUAUAUCUUCAAAUGCUGGCAAGAGGGGAUUUGCUGGUCUAGCCGUAUAUUCUGGUACUAAGUUUUAUGUAGAAGGAUUAUCACAAGCAUUACGUCAUGAAGUAAAGGAAUAUGGUAUAAAAGUGACAUGUAUACAACCUGGUGAUGUUAAAACUAAUUUAUUAUCACAUACAACAGAUAAACAGGCCAAAGAAGAAUUUGAUGGAAGUGAAUCUUGUACAAUAUUAGAACCUGAUGAUAUAGCUAAAGCUAUAGAGUAUGUGUUACUACAACCUCAACACGUCGGUCUAAAUGAAAUUCUCGUAGAACCACAACUGGCACCAAUCUGAAUCUUUCUAGGAACGGGUUGGACAUGAUAUUCAAACUUUUGAACUGAAAUUGUGAUGUGUAAACAUUGUGUUUAUAAUCUGAAUCCCAGGAAUAUGUGAGUCAAUAUGAACAGCAGCAAAACACUGGACCUAAAUCUUUGUACAAUUUACAUUUUCCACAAAUCUCAAUCACUCAUGGAAAAGUAGCAAUAUCUUCAUUUUGAUAGAUUAUGUUACCCUAUUCAUGGACGUUAUUUAUUUACAUGGACUGGUUACGAGAAGCCAUGUUGCUAAAUGGCUGCUUCGCGCGAGAAAACACGAGAGAAGCCAGUACUCAAUGCCUUCACUAAUUAGCUAUAAUCACCCAUUUUCAUCAUUCCGUUGUGUGUCCUGAAUUUACCAAAAACUGCUAAAAUAAACUUUUAUUUGACAAGAUAAGUCAUUAACUAUAAUUUCCGUUGCAUAUAUGUAUUCAUUUUAUUUGUAAACAACUUUGUAAUUACCAUUUUCAAAGUACACGUAGACUGCAACGUCACCAUUGUUGUUGUUUUAUAAGCAAUCGAAAACAUGCGUCAGGAUUUUUGCUUUCAAUCAAAAUCUAUUUAUUAUUUCAUAUUUUUCUGACAUAAUUCUUAUACACGUAAAUCUAGGGCAUUGUUUGGAAAAAAAUUCAUUGAUUUUUAAAAAACUAAAAUAUAAUUAAUUACUUCCUAAAAACAACAAAAAUAACACUUUUGACAAACAAACAUAAUUUUAUGAAAAAAUAUGUGAUUUUAUUUUUGCUUUCAAUCAAUCAGUGAAACAUUUAUUUUUGGAAUUAAUGAUCCCUUUCUCCAUAAACUUUGAUAUCUUAUCUACUGUACUGGGCAAAAUUCUUAUUUUUAAAACAAAUAUUAACAUUUUUAAAAAUUAUUUUGUUUUGUGAUAUUUUCAAGUACCAAUGGCAAUGCAGCAUGUAGGCAACUGUACAACAAUCAUAAAUAAACUUGUAUUUGAUUUGAACCAAAUUACCCCACAGUUUUACGCAGUUUCUUUAGAUAAUAAAAGUGAGAAAUUUUGUUUAAAAUAAGUUUAAUUUUAUUGGCAUAUUAUUCAAUAAAAUAUACACAUCUGACGGCUUGCAGAUUUAUUUUAUAGGUGUUGUAAGCCAUUAUACUCAAAUGGAGCAGUACGCAUGCCAGGUACUAUGCCAGGGACAUAACUCGUUAACAACUUUUGUUUGGUCGUGAUUGACACGUCUCAGAUUACCGUGAUGUGUCUCAAAUUACAGCGCGGCACACAUCUCUGGUUAUGUUAUUAAGCCGUUGUCGGUCCAUGUAUUAUAAGGUCCAUGGCCUAUUCAAAACAUUAUGUUGAAGCUUCUGUGUAUUAAGCACAGUGUGAGUUGUAAAUAUAAGAAAGGUGGAGUGGAAUGAUGGGUGUAGAAGCUCCUUUAAAGACUAUUUCAUCCCCACUUCAAAACCACCCAGCAGUUGUUGUCUUUCACUUUGAAUAGUUUACAUGUAUAUGGAUAAAAACAUUUUUAUUACCUUUUUUGUAAAAUCUUGUUUCUAACAUUUUAAAAGUUGAUGCCAUUAUAAAUUAAAGUCUCAUUCUUUUUUA